AUGACUGCCACUCAGAGUUCCUCCUCUCGUCUAUCCAACAUGAAAGAUCAUACCUUCAUAGGUGAUGCCGCGAAGAUCCCCGUUAAUGACCCGACUCCCGUAAUCUCCAUAAGCCCCAUUGUCUUGGAAGCCCCGGAUCGCAUCAUCGAUUUGCACCUCCGAGUCUCAGCCCCAACAACUGGCACAAAUCUGCCGAUUAUUCUCUUCUCCCAUGGACAGGGUAAAUCAAACCACCUCUCUUCCCUGAACGGUUAUGGCCCAAUCGCCAAUUUCUGGGCUGCACACGGCUUCGUCGUCAUACAGCCUACCCAUCUCAGCUCCAUGUCCCUCAGUCUCGACAAUGAUGCAGUCCCUGGCGAUGGUCCCAUGUUCUGGCGGUCCCGUGCCCAAGAUAUGAAGCUCAUUUUCGAUCAACUCGAUAAUAUUGAGUCGGCUUUCCCUCAGAUCCAAGGACGUCUAGACCACAGCCGGGUCGCAGUUGCUGGGCAUUCGAUGGGCGGGCACACGGCAAGCAUGCUCAUGGGGGCUCGUACGAGGGAUUCGCCGGAUGCUCCUCUGGUCGAUCUCAUCGAACCACGCAUCAAGACUGGUGUUUUAUUGGCUGCACCGGGUGAUGGGCGGGGAGGCGACGGGAUGAGCGAUCGCGUCAAGGAAAAUUGGACGUUCCUCACGGAGCACACUCACGCGGAAAUGAGCACUCCUGCUCUAGUAGUUAUUGGCGAGAACGAUGGAUCGCCUUUCCUAACGACUCGUGGUGCUGCUUAUCAUGCGGACGCGUAUCACAGCAGCAAGGGCGCGAAGUCGCUGCUCACGCUUGCAGGUGGAUAUCAUGGCCUUGGUGGAGUGUCUGGUUAUGAUACUGCUGAGGCCACCGAUGAUGAGUCGCCUGAGCGGUUGGGUGUCACGCAGCGACUUACCUGGGCUUAUCUUUGGAGUCAGUUUUAUCCUGAUGACCCGGCUUGGUUGGUAGCAAGCACUGCUCUGAGUGGACUUCCAGCCCUGGGAAAGGUUGAAAGCAAGUGA